UUUUCGAUAUCACACAAGUUACUGCUUUGCAGAGAGUGUUCUUCUUAUUUCUACUGCUUCUAUUGGUGCAUUUACUGCUUUCACUGUAAAUAAUAUAAACCACAUCUACCAAAGAGCCACGAUUUAAAAUACUUUCGCUUUCGAUGAAACGUCCUGCACUUGUAAGUUUCACGUAGCUGCUGUAAUAUCCCUCGCCUGACCCGUGGUGGGAGAAUUAGGCCCACGCAGAUCUUUAACUCAGUUGCUGCUUGAGUCUUGCAGGUGAAUCGUCAACAAUAUCAUCCAACAGUGAAAGCACCUGCUCAUCUUGAGAUGGAUCUCCCAGUGAAGGCAACCAUACUUUUGAAUCUUUUCCCCGACAAGACAAAGGUGAAAGAAAUCCUCAGGUCCCAAGGCUUUGUGUUGACAGAUUUGAGCAGUGAUCAGGUGCAUGUCGAAGGCUCGUUUUUUAAACUUAAAGCUGCAAAGGCCUCUUUGGAGUUGCUUCUUAACUCAAAGACCAAGACAGAGAAUGCGCCGUACCAGGAGGUUACUUCUGGUGCCAUUUCUAAAUACUACACUAAGAACAGCUCAGAUCUUAAUCAGAGCCGGUUAGGAUCCAGAAACAAGCCUCUUCAUACUUCUCCAUCUUCACCCACCACCUCCUCACCUUGGUCAUUUGACUCUCCCAACAACCAUCCAGCGUCUCCAGAAUACAGAGCUUCUUUUUCUCCAAUACCAAACCAGAGUGGCUCAUUCAGGCGGGGAAGAGACUCCUUUGUCGUUGAUGCAGAUGUGUUUAUAUACGCAGACCAGCUCAGGAAAAAAGAAAUUUGCACCAUCCUGGAAAGCCAUAAUGUUAGAAUGGAAUCGCGUCAAGUUGGCGAUAGCUACAACAUCACUUUACUGGGGAAGAGCACGAGGUUGGCUGCCAGUAAACUACAGAGUCUCCUGGACUUUCUCAACAAAUCACUGCGCACUCAGGACGUUCCUCUGAAGGAUAUGAAUCGUGAAGGCAAGGCUCUUUUAGAGAAGAUCCGGAAAAAUAAAAACAUUUACAAUUCAGUUCUCGUGUGUGUGAUGAAUGACACACUUCACCUCAUAGGACCGUCUGAUGAGAGCUACCAGUUGAGGCAGAAGCUGUUGGGGAGGCCGGUUGGUCAGUCAGUACGUACAGGGAGGACAUCCGACAAAAACUCCAGGGCGAGGAGCAGCGCUCUGCCUCCAGCCAGUCGAAAGAACACAGAAAGAGAUCGCUGGGCCGUCGCUUAUCCAUCUCCUGUCAAAACUACAGGUUACUCUGCACCAAAGUACCAGGAUGAUAAACAGGACGGUGUGGAGCCAGAGUGGGGAGCUGCUGGUUAUGCUGAGGGUGGAGCUUUAAGGAGGAGAAGCCAAUCUGAGUCCCGUGAAAAAACCCGGGAAGAAAGGGCUAAUGGAAACAUGCAAGAGUCGGAAAACAAACGUCCGCCUCCUAAAUCAUCCAUGAAAGGCCUUUCGAAGUUACGAAUGUUUAACAAAACAGAUGUAAUGAAAAAGUUACAAUUUUGGAAAUAACAAGAAAUUUAUGUUCAUGAAGGUAGACACACAGCACUGACACUCAGUUUACAUUUUUUGUGGUAUUUUCUGGCCAUGUGUCUAAUAGGCUAACUUUUAUACGUCUUACUGACUAACAGGUUUGAACAUGCAGCUACGUGGUGUGUGCUGUACAGUACAGCCUGAUUCAUACAGGAAGUUUGAGGCCAAAAUCAAUACCAUUUCAGCAUUAAAGGAAAAGUUUGACAUUUUGCGAAUUACAGUUAUUCGCAUUCCUGCCGAGAGUAAGAAGAUGGAUAUCACUAUUCAAAGGUAACCAACUCUGCAUACCAGCACCUCUAAAGCCCACUAAUUAACAUGUUAUAUGUUCUUUGUUAAAGUUGUGGUUUUAUGGGGGUUAAGUGCCGGACUAUUUCUCGGCCAGAAACAUUAUCCUUAGACAGAGCAAGGAUAGAUGUUUCAAGUCUUUGUGCUAAGCUAAGCUAACUUCUGUUGAUGGCAUCAUCAUAUUUAUCAUAUCAUAGGCAUGAGAGCAGUAUCAAUGUUCUCAUUUCUCUUGCUAAGAAAGUGACUACAUAUCCCAAUUAUGCUAAACUAGUCUAAUUACAAAUCGAGUCUGUGUGUCAUAUGUUCAACACCUGAGCGUGAGGACUCGUGUGAGCUUUGUAGUCAUGAUCACUGCUGAAGAAAAUAUCUUAGGAAAUGAGGGCCUACUAUGCAGAAACUAUGCUCUUAAAUAGCUUUUAGUUAUUUUUUAAAACUUGAUUCACAGAUAAUAAAUUAUUAUCUUCCAUCUACAGUAUUUAUCACUUACAUGGCUACAGAAUGUUUUAUUGUUGGUGCAGGAGGUGAAAAAUAUUACUUUUUUAUAAAUUAAGUCUUUGAAACCUUCAAACAAAUUAUUUUUGAUAUUUGUAUAUUACUUUACAUUCAUUCUUAAGACAUUAUUAGGACUGCAAUUAAACAAAUUAUUUUAUAUUUGAGUAAUCUGCUGAUUAUUUUCUCAAUUAAUCUUUUAGUCUAUAUCUGUUAAAAUGUCACAAUCUCCUCGUGGCCAAGAUUAUAUCAACAAGUGUCUUGUUUCGUUUGAUAAACAGUCCCAAACCCAAAGAUAUUUAAUUUAAGGUAAUGUUUAGACAAGGAAAAGCAGUAAAUCUGAUGUCAAAAUUGUUAUUAACACUAAUAACCUGUGCAUAAUAUUAAAUUAUUCAACCUCUUCUGUCUUGAAGAAAUAACGUUUUAUUUAUCUAGUGGCCUUGACCGACAUCUCUUGCACAAUUCAUUAUUGCUAGUUGCUUGCACUGUAAAUGUCGGUGAUCUGGAUGUUAUUCGACUUCUGUACACUGGACAUGAGCAUCAGCUGAAUGGUUAAAAAAAAAUCAUAUAAGUUUAUGUAAACUGUAAAAACACUAAAGUGCCGUGAAUGAUUUGAAGGAUCUUUGGGUGUUAAUUAAAUGUGAUAAUGAUGAUAAUGCC